AUGGGCUCAACCACCCCAACAAUAACCCUCCACUCCCGUACCUACCACCCACCCGUCCAACCAACCGUAGUAAUCUGCAUCGACGGUUUCGACCCAACCUACUUAUCCCCCUCCACAACUCCCAACCUGUUCUCCUUCACAGACCCAGCCAACGGCUUCCACGCCACAGCUCACUGCGCCAUGCCCUCCCUCACCAACCCCAACAACCUCUCCAUCAUCACCGGCGCGCCCACCGCCGCCCACGGCGUCUCCGGGAACUACUACCUCGACAAGGCUACCGGCAAGGAAGUCAUGAUGGUCGAUGAUCGCUCGAUGUGGGGAAGCACCAUCCUCGCUGAGUUAGCCAACCAGUUGGGUGUGCGGGUGGCGGCGAUUACCGCGAAGAAUAAAUUGAGGAGGAUCAUCCAACAUGGGCUGACGCCGCCGGAGAAGACGGGUGCGAUUUGUUUCAGCGCGCAGUUUGCGAACGAAGCCACCUUCGCCUCGAACGGCAUCGAAGAUGUCGAAGCGUGGCUGGGGCAGCCAUCACCGCCGCAAUAUUCCGGCGAGCUGUCCCUGUUCGUGCUCGACGCCGGGCUGAAGUUGCUGCAAGAAGACCGUGCGGAUCUGUUUUAUUUGACGCUGUCGGAUUAUAUCCAGCAUAAGCAUGCACCCGAGGAGCCCGAGGCGAAGUGGUUCAUGGGGGAGAUUGAUCGACGGGUGGGGGAGUUUGUGGGGAUGGGAGCGUUGGUGGUGGUCACGGGGGAUCAUGGGAUGAGUGCGAAGGCGGAUGGAGUAAGGGGUGAGCCGAAUGUGUUAUUCCUCGAGGACGCAUUGUGCGAGAGGUGGCCGGAAGCCAAUGCGCGGGUGAUUUGCCCAAUUGCGGACCCGUUUGUCAAGCAUCACGGUGCACUUGGCGGGUUUGUGCGCGUGCAUCUUCUGGGGAAGGGGCAGCCAGAUGCUGGUGUUGUAAAGGAGAUGUUGGAGUUUGUGAGCGGUUUUCCGGAGGUGGAGGUCGCGUACACUGGCGCGGAAGCAGCGAGGCGGUUUGAGAUGCCGGUUGAGAGGGAGGGAGAUCUGGUGGUGAUUUCGAAGGAGUAUUCUGUAUUGGGAGGAAGGAGGAAUGAGCAUGACCUGGAAGGACUGAAGGGACACAAGCUGAGGUCUCACGGUGGGCUGUCGGAACAGGAGAUUCCGUUGCUAAGAUCGAAGCCUUUGAGUGCUGAGGCGCUGGAGAAGUCAAAGGGGAGGCAUUGGCGGAAUUUUGACGCCUUUGAUCUCGCGCUCAAUCAUUGA